AUGGGCCGUCAUUAUCAACAACAACCGCAACCAAUGUAUUACCAACAGCCGCAACAGCAGCCAGUAUAUAUACAACAGGCUCCUCGAAGAGACAACGAUAGGGGGUGUCUAGGUACAUGUUGUAGGUUUCUAUGUUGCUUAUGUCUAAUUGAUUUAUGUUGUGAUUGCCUUUGUUAA